GAGAAGUGAGACGGGCGCCAUGUCUGACGGAGAUACUGAAUGCUAAAUAACAACAACAACAACAGUAAUAUCAGUCUGUUUUCCACACCUCCGUCUGCAAUAUCGCUCCACGGCAGCCGCCAGCCGACGGGACGUUAACAAAGCUGGGGGUCUCCUAGCUGUGCCCACAGCACUAAAAUCUCAUCUCCAGUGAAAGAGAGAGGAUAAUGGUGUCUGUUAACCGUCUCACUGUUGAUGUUGUUGAGACGAGUAACCGUGAGUUUUUUCCAGACUAAUAUACAAUCCUUCAUCAUCUCUCACAGCCAGCCAGCGCCUCCAUCAGUGACUGAAUGCCUCUCAGUCUUGUUGUGGAGAAAGGGCAGCUCCGUUUCCAACCAUCAUGGCUUUUGUGAGCCUCUUCUCCUGCCCCCCAAACCCCGUUCUUGACCAAAACAUGACAGACUCUGAGCUGGCAGGGGAUGAAAGGGAAGACGGUGAGCUGGAGGACGGAGAGAUAGACGACGAGGGGAUUGGCAUUGACGAUAAAGAAGAGGAAAACAAGGUGGAACACGAAGUUGCAGAGAAAGAUAAAGACAGAGAAAAAGCACGGGACAAAGAAGAUAAAGCACAUCGGCACUCCCAUAAGAGACACAAGAAAGUAAAAGAGAAGCGCAAGUCUAAAAGAAGGAGAAGGGACAGACAGAAGCAUCACUCCCCAUCCAGCAACUCCAGCUCCGACAGCUACGACUCUGAUUACGACCAUCAAGACAGAUCCAAGAGCAAGAAGAGCAAAGGCUCGUACCGCGACUACGAUGGACAGUAUGCACAUCACGAGCACGAACACAGCGGUGGCCAUGGAAAACCACUGAGGUCAUCUCAGCGCAGAAACAGUGAGAGCGAGGACAAAUACGACUAUGACGAAGACCAGGAUGACUUCAGUGAGGAACUGUCCAAGUACAAACAAGCUAAAGAGUCCACAGUGUCCAGCCAGAUCAGAUCACCGAAAGAGCACAGACCCAGCCUGAAAGGACAGCAGUUUGGUGGGCUGCGAGGCCGAGGCCGUGGUGGAGGGGGAUUGGGCCGGGGGCACGGCGCCCUCAACAAGAACAAGAAACUGAAGAGCAAGACCUGGGGCCGAGGACGAGGCCGAGGAGGAGAGCAUGGAGAAGGUGGAGACGGAGCAAAAGUGGAAGCCAAAGGCCAGCAAACCUUCCAGAAAAAACGUCCCAUCAUGAGUCAAGAGUUCAUCAACCAGCACACAGUGGAGCACAACGGGAGAAACAUCUGCAAGUAUUUUAUUGAGGGCAGAUGCAUUAAGGGGGAUCAGUGCAAGUUUGAGCAUGACAACGUCAUCCCAGAGAAGAAGAAAGAGCUGUGCAAGUUCUACGUCCAGGGAUACUGCACUAAAGGAGAGAACUGCAUUUACAUGCACAAUGAAUAUCCUUGUAAGUUCUUCCACACGGGAGCGAAGUGCUACCAGGGAGACAACUGCAAAUUCUCUCACGAUCCUCUGACUGAGGUCACCAAGGAGUUGUUAGACAAGAUCUUGAACACUGAUGACGAUCAUGCCCACGAGGAUGAGCUGGAGCUGGAGGACCUGAGGAAGCAAGGCAUAGCCCCCUUGCCCAAACCACCUCCAGGGGUCGGGCUCCUGCCGACACCUGGCUCGGGGGGCCUGCAGGACGGGAGCAAGAAGAUCCCCUCUCUGUUUGAGAUCAAAGUGCAGCCAACUGUGGACUUGGCCCAGAAGAUUGCUUUAAGGCCCAAUUUCUACAACAGUACGUCUCCCCCUCCUGGACAGUUCUCCGGUGCUUCAGAGGACAUGCAGGCUGGUAACAUGAUGUCCCCAGGCCACAAUAAUCAUCCACCACCUCCAGGGUCCCCUGGGUCCAUGGGUUGCCCUUCCCUUCACUUCCCAGGCCCAGGCCUUCCCCAGAGCCCCCCAGGACAACCACCGCCUCAAGGCUUUGGGCAGGGCCCUUCCAUUCCACCUCCUGGACUCCCAGGUCCACACUUUCAUGGCAACCUGCAGCAAAUGAACCAUCAGAAUCCUCAGAUGAACCAGCAGGGAGCAUCACUUCAGUCUGUGCCCGACACGCAGAUGAACGUGCCCUUUAAAAAGAUGGGUCAGAUGCCCUCCGAGUUUUUCAAAAACUUGUUCAGCAGCCAGUCGCUUGGGCUCGGAGAAGAGGGACUGUCAGGGUCCAUGCAGGACUCCCAGCAGAGCAGUGCCGAGUCCCACGGCAUGCAGGACUUCUUGCCUGCUGUCCAGAAGGCCCUGCUUCUACACCUGAACCAAAACCAGCAGGACUCCGACUCGCACAGACCUGACGGGCAGCACCCUGUACCCUCUGGCAGAGACAAAGAUGAAACCACAAACUGGUAUUCCAGUGACGAUGAGGAUGGCAGCAGCGUGACCGCCAUCUUAAAGACUCUUAAAAAACAGAACGAAAUGCUGAAGACUCAGCAGCCUCAGCCCAAGAUCCAGCUGGCUGGCGUUCCCCCGGCCUCCCUUGCAGACCCCAGACUACACAAGGAGAGGCCUCUGUCUAAUGACCCCCGGCUGAAGGUGGACCCUCGACAGCACGCUUCAGACACCAGGAAGGACGUGGAUGCUGUUCACGACCCCAGGUUGACCCGAGACCCUCGCAAGAUGAAGUCGAUGGAGGCUAACUCCUCCAAGGUGGACCCUCACCGUCACCCCCAUCCAGUCUCCUCCACAUCUCAGAAGCCUUCUGCAGGAGAGGAGGACGAGGACGGAGAGAGGGAGCUGAGAGAGAAAGCUGCCUUGAUCCCACUGGAUCCCAGUCCUGGAGCCACGCCGAGGGACCCUCGAUGCCAAAUCAAGCAGUUCAGCCACAUCCGGGUAGACAUCCUCCUUCAGCGGCCAGCGUUCGCUCACAGUGUGGUGUGGGCCCCAGAGGACCUCAUCCCCCUGCUGAUCCCCAAACAGGAGCCCUCCAUCAACCUGCCUCUGCCACCCCUCAUUGCAGAUGCCCAGCUGAAUCGUAGCCUUUCAUCACCACCGGACCACCCUCCCUCAUCUUCGCUGGCCCCUCCAGACCCUCGUCUGGCGGCCGCCCGCCUAAAAGAGGGUGCGGCUAGACUGGGUAGCCCCCCUGGCAGAACUCUCGAGUCUCGUCUUAGUGCAGAAAAGCCUACAGACCCCCGCACCCACAAGGCAUUAGAUCCCAGGGUCAGUCGGUCUGUAAGCCUGGAUUCCAAGCUGCCCUCCAUGAGAGACGGUUCCUCUGGUGUCGGGAUGAUGGACCCAAGACUGCAGCGAAGUACCGCUGGAACAGCUAGUCAUCCAGCUGCUUCAGCAAAGCCUGAUUCUGAGAAGCUACCACCGUACGCCCCUCGUCUGGCAUCUUCCAGUGGGCUGGAAAGCCCCACGACGUUGCUCGGGGGCAUCAGUCUGUACGAUCCUCGCAACCACGCCUUACUCUCCCCGAAACGAGAGGGCGAGGAACCCCCGAAAAAGCUGGGCAUCCUGAAGCAGCCACAGAAGCAGGAGAGCCCCCCACCUCCACAAGCCUCGUCACCACCGCAAGUAGCUGAAAAGAAGACUGACGAAGACGCAGACAGGAGCUCUGACUGUCUGCCAGGUCAGCCCAUGCCCGCGGUAGUACCUGCGCCUGCCUGCUCACCUGUCCACGUGGCAGCACCUGCUAUGCAUAACUUGCCCAUUCCGCCGCUGGCAGGGCUGAUACGCCCGGCUUAUACGGACCCUCGACAAAACAGGCAGUGCGGACAGACAGCUGGGGCGCAGGAGGAGGAAGAGGAAGGGGACAAGGAAGAGGACAAGAAGGACCGGCCACUGAGGGACGUGUUUAAGACUUUUGACCCCACGGCCUCACCAUUCUGUCAGUAAACAUGCUGUGGCGGGGGGGGGGUUCACGUUGCGGUGUUCUUAUCAU